UUCUCACCCACCAAAACAGAAGUAAGCCAUUAAAUUUUUUUUAAAUGACCAUAAAACCCUCGCUGAAUCCUCAAAAACCUGCAAAACUCCUCCUCUGCAAACCUCCCAAGACCUCACCAAAAUCCCCAACAAGUACGUGGAACACGCGCUUAAGACAACUCGCGAACCACUCCCUCUUCCCGCAAGCCCUCUCUUUGUAUCGCCAAAUGCUUCGUUUUGGCGUCUUGCCAAACGCUUUCACUUUCCCUUUCGCACUCAAAUCCUGUGCCGUUCUUUCGCUCGCGUUCCCCGGCUCCCAGAUACACUGCCACGUCAUCAAGUCUGGGUGUGAACUGGAGCCCUUUGUGGUCACUUCUCUCAUUAGCUUGUACGGUAAAUGCGCUUUAUUGGAUAGCGCGCGCAAGGUGUUCGAUGAAAGUUUGAAGUCAUUGACACUGACUGUUUGUUUCAAUGCUUUGAUAUCUGGGUAUGUGUUCAAUUCGCGUGUUGGUGAUGCGGUUUUGUUGUUUGGUAAAAUGGGGGAACUGGGUGUGGAGAGGAAUGUGGUUACUAUGCUGGGAUUGUUACCGGUAUGUUUGGUGCCGGGAUUUUUGUGGCUUGGGAUGUGCUUGCAUUGCUUAUGCGUGAAGAUCGGUUUAGAUUUUGCUUUGUCAGUGGCGAAUUGUUUGGUAACAAUGUAUGCGAAAUGUGGAUCUGUUGAGUACGGAAGGAGGUUGUUCGAUGAGAUGCCUGAAAAGGGAUUGAUUUCUUGGAAUGCUAUGAUCUCUGGAUAUGCACAAAAUGGGCUAGCUACUGACGUUUUAGAGCUUUAUAAAGAAAUGGAGUCAUUUGGGGUUUGUCCUGAUGCUGUUACAUUUGUUUCGGUCCUUUCUUCUUGUGCUCAUCUUGGCGCUCAUGAUAUUGGCCGUAAGCUUGAAAAACAGAUUGAAGCAAAUGGUUUUGGUUUGAACCCAUUUCUCAACAAUGCACUGAUUAAUAUGUAUGCAAGGUGUGGUAAUUUGAAAAGAGCACGGGCCAUUUUCGAUGCCAUGCCUGUAAAGAGUGUGGUUACAUGGACUGCAAUGGUAGGUGGGUAUGGAAUGCACGGACAAGGAGAGUUUGCGGUGGAGCUCUUUGAUGAGAUGAUAAAAAGUGGUGUUAAACCUGAUGGAACAGCAUUUGUGAGUGUUCUGUCAGCUUGUAGCCAUGCAGGACUGACUGAUAAGGGCUCAGAUUAUUUUGUUUCAAUGAAAAAACUACAUGGAUUGCAGCCUGGUCCAGAGCAUUAUUCAUGUAUGGUGGAUCUUCUAGGCCGGGCAGGUCGGCUGAAUGAAGCUCGAGAACUUAUUCAAUCAAAUCAGAUAGAACCUGAUGGUGCAGUGUGGGGGGCUCUUCUGGGUGCUUGUAAAAUCCAUAGAAAUGUAGAGCUUGCAGAGUUAGCUUUUGAUCAAGUCAUUAAGCUUGAACCGGCAAAUAUUGGUUAUUAUGUGUUGUUAUCUAAUAUAUAUUCUGAUGCUGGGAACUUGGAGGGCGUAAUGCGGGUUAGAGUGAUGAUGAAGGGGCGAAAGCUUAAGAAAGAUCCUGGGUGUAGCUAUGUUGAACUUAAAGGGAGAGUGCACCUCUUUUUGGUUGGUGAUAAAAACCAUCAUCAGACAGCAGAAAUAUAUAGACUGUUGGAUGAGUUGGAGAAUUUAGUUGAGACACAAGGUGGGUCUAACAAUAGUGAUAAUGAAAGCAACAAUGAAAUUUUGAAUGGUACAGGAGUGCACAGUGAAAAGUUGGCAAUUUCAUUUGGACUCUUAAACACAAGUCCAGGAACAGAUAUUGUUGUGAUGAAGAACCUACGGAUAUGUGGAGACUGUCAUUUGUUUAUAAAGUUGGUUAGCAAGAUUGUAGAUCGCCAAUUUGUUGUUAGAGAUGCAACCCGUUUCCACCAUUUCAGGAGUGGACUCUGUUCUUGCAAAGAUUACUGGUAAAUACCAUUUAAGGUUCUCAUAUUGCAAAUCAACUGGUUCUAGUCAAACCAAAACGUGCUAAAAGUACUGGAAAUUUGUAUUGAAAUGGAUAGAAGUUGCACUGGAACCUGAAGAAGGCUUUCUUCAACCAACUCCACCCAUAAGAAAUCUUUGAUUUAAGAUUUUCUCGCCAUUAAGGCUCAUGAAGGAGACAGAAAGCAUUGGCUUAGCGGAUGAAACCUCUCAAAAUCACUCCAUACGCCAUUGGCAUGAGACUCAAUGAAUAUAAUCUCCAUCACAAAUUGGAGAGCUUAAUGGCAUAUGAGGCUGAAGAUGAUAAGCUUUCAGAGUAAAGAUGAUGGUGAUGGUGAAGACACCAUGUAGCCUUAGCAUCCCCUUGUUGUGUUGAUUAGGAUAUGAUAGUAUCAAAUCUAUGUGCUUUUGCAAACCUUAAAUUAACAAGUACCGGCAUCGAUGUUGAAGUA